AUGGGCGUGGAAGAUGGCGGCGCCGAGGAGAUGGAAAUGCAGCGAAAGGAGGAAUCGCAAUUUAACGCGCGACACAUGAGCCCGGAGGAGCAGAAAAGAGACGAACUCCGUGCUCGUCUGGCCGCGCUGUCAGACAAGGUCCACAGGGCAGAACAAGAUGUGAUCUUAGAGCAACAGGCACAGAGGAGGCAGAGGACGCUCCACCAAAGAUUGGUCAAGGACGUCGAUGACCUCCGACGGACCCUCCUUGAGAUGAAGAAGUUCGAGAAGGAAAUCAGCGGCAGCCAAUCGACAGUGGAGAAAGCUUUCGAGGAUUUCAGCGUCAAGAAGAGUUUCCCACCCCCACGGCACAAGCCAGAAGGCCAUGCGGUGGAUGAGAAAGAGAACGUCAGCCCUACGAAGGCAAUUGCGAUCAGGUUUGACGUGGAGAAGAAGAAAGUACAACAGGUCUGCGAAGACGCGAUAGCAACCACAGGGAGCAAGCUGGUCAACCAGGCUGCAGGGAACCUGGCGAUGAGUUCAUUCCCGUCUCUCAUGGAACAAGGUGUCUUGAACAUGGAUCAUACUACAAUGCUUCAGGUUGCUUCCAACUUAGCGGACAGAAAGGCUCAAGAUAUCAGGGAUGUCAUGAACGUCGACAACAUGUACGAGGCCUCGAGACAGCGCAUGCAGUCGGAGAAAGUGGCAGAUAAGAUGCGAUCGCUCCUUUACUAUGCGCACAGAGAGCACCUUGCUUCGUUCGAAGAAGGCCAAGCUCUCCGGUGCGAUGCUCAGAAUGCUCAGCGUCGUGUCGAGUCGCUGAUCAAGGACCUUGAAAGCCUUCACGCCAAGAAAGCGAGGAAUGAUGCCGAAUGGAGGAUCCAAGCGAUCUCGAUGAAGCAAGACCGAGACUUGAGCGCGGCGAAGACGAAGAUGGAGGUGAUUCAAGGCAGAAUCAACGAAAUGAAGCUCAAGGUGCGGGCCCACAAGCAGUCUUCAAGAGCUCUACACUCCAAGCACGAACAGAAGAAGAGGCUCGCCAAACAGGAGAAAGACCUGAGAAACUUUCUGCAGCAACUCAUUGCAAUCAGCAAGAAGUCGUCUGAGUCUCUGUGCGCCGCCCAUGCCAGGUUGCUGGAUGCAGGACGAGCAAGCUUGAUGGACAGAGCGAAUGAGUUGGAGGACAUGCACAUCCGUGUGGAGGAAUUGUGGCCCAAGGACAGGGAUGGGCAGCAGGAAGAUCUGAAAACAUUCCUGUUGUCUCGCUGUCAGAAGGUGAAGAAGGUGGAGGAGGAUGGCAAGAGCUUGUUCUCUGGGAAGCUAGCGCUCGAACAGACGAUGGAAGACAAGAGUUUUGUCCAUCUUGUGGCGGAGACCAAGUGGCUGUUGAUGAGGGAGAAGACCUUGGAAGCUCAGCUUGCUGCCUGUCAACAUCUCAAGGAUUUUGUUGAAUCUUCUCGGUCAAAGCCUUGGAACGAUGACAACUACGUGCACACGUUGCAGACAAGCCUCGAUGCUCUCUGCUCUAAAUGGCAGCGAGUGGUAGAGGAGGAGAUCCUCAAAUCUGUUCGAACGGGUGUAGACGCUAUUGAGAGGAGCAAGAGGCUGGAGGAGAUGGUGCAGGACUGGAGGGAACAACCAGCGCAGUUCGCGCUCCCCUGGGUGAAGGUGAGGGGGAUGAACCUGCAGGAGUGGAUCCAUCACUUGAAGAGGAGGGGUGAGAUGAUCUGA